AUGGCGCAUGGAUGUAUUGAAGUGAAGACUUACAUCAACCCAACAAGAAACCGGGAGCUCUCAGACUUACAGGCUGGAGUUGGGGAAGGUGUGUUUCAUGGAGAAGGCACGCAGGGACGAGAUACUUUGGAUGGACCCAUGGUUCACCUGGCCUCCUACUAUCACGUAGGAAAUGGCAGCGUGAUAACGAAUGGAAUUCAGGGGUUGAGCAAGGCCAAGGAAUUGAGAAAUGAGGUGGUAGGGGUUACAAAACAGUGUGAUGGGACUAUGGGAUGA